GAAACCAGAGACAAGAUCAUGCAGUACAAGACUAAAAUGGCGGAUGAGGCGGAUCUGAGGCGGCGGCUUGCCAGUCUGGAGGAAUCUGUAGAGCUCCACGAACACAUGAAGAGACAGGCUCUGGCAGAGUUCGAGAUGUACAGACAGAGGAUGGAGGACUCGCAGCUGUGCACAGAGGCCCAGCACACACAGAGGGUGGUUUCUAUGAGCAGAGAGGUGGAGGAGAUGCGUCGGGAUUUUGAGGAGAAGCUGCGCUCGUUCAGCCAGGCUCAGGCACAGUUUGAGGCUGAGAAGCGGCGAGCGCUGGAGGAGCUGAGGACCACCCACCGCCAGGAGGUGGAGGAGCUCCUCAACAACCAGCGGAACCAAAGCGCCUCCUCCACAGAAGACCAGGAGAAGCUGGCUGAGCUUCAUAGACAAGAGGUGGAGGCAUUGAUGGAGAGGGUGGAGGAGCUAACAAAGGAUAAGGUCCGCCUGGUGGAGGAGUAUGAGGCCAAGCUGGGCAAGGCUCAGGAGUAUUAUGAGAGAGAGCUGGAGGCCAUGAGGAGAACACACCAGCUCACCACUGAGAACCUGCUGGCCUGGAAGAGGACGGAGGUCGAGCUUCGUAAGGAGUUCCAGGCGCAGGAAGUGGCAUUGCAGCGUUCACUGUCCAAGCUGAGGAGUGAGCUUCAGAAAGCUCAGGAGGAGGCCAGAGAGAACCGCGACAAGACCAACAGACUGCAGACGUCACUGGCCAACGCAGAGGGAACCAUCAAGAACCUUCACAAGCAGCUGGAAGAGGCAAUCCAGGACGGAGAGAUCUGGGUGAUGCAGCUAAAGGACACCGAGUAUGAACUAGAGAGCAGCAGGGAACGAGUUCAGCAGCAGGCUACUGAAAUCCUGCACAAAGCCAGUCAGAUCGGCUCCUUGCAGGCAACCCAGAUGGCCCACGAGGCGACCAUCAGGAACUUGGACCAGGAGCAGAGCCGCCUCAAGGAGAAGAUCAGCAGGCUGGAGGAGGAGAGGGAGGUUCUGCUCAGCCAGAGCCAGACCGCCAACGACCAGCACAAACAACAAGUGCUCAAACUGGAACAGUCUCUGCGCGAGGAACACCAGGGCUAUGAGAAGGAGCUCUCCAGGUUGAGAGCGCACUAUGAGGAGGAGACACUUCGCUUCAAGGAGGCGCAGGUCAGAGCAUUGGAGGAGCUCGAGGAGAAACACCAGGUGAUGAGAGAGGAAGCUCAGCAAGAGAAAGAGGAGGAGAAGAAACUCCUCAUGACGAAAAUGAGCCAGGAGUUUGAGAUUAAACGGCUGUCAUUAGAGGAGCAGAGAGAUCGCCUCCAGCAGCAACUCGACAACUUGAAAGAGGAGCUUUCGGCCAAACUCAACAUGGCCAAUCAGGAAGUGUCCCACCUUCAGGAGCAGGUGAGAGAGGGGGGGCAGAACCUGAGUUCAGCUCAGAUGCAGAUUACCUGUCUGAAGGAAACUCAGGAGAAGCUCAAGAUAGAGCUAGACGCGACUCGAGCCCGUGUCCGAGAGACGAGCAACCUGCUGACUGACCUACAGGAAGAGAUUGAAACCCAGAAGCAGCAGCAUGAGGCCAGAGUGAUGUCCAUCAGAACAGAGGAGAAGCAGAAGAUGGACAAGAUGGCAGAUGACUUGGAUCGGAAAUGGAGAGAUGCACUGCGGGAAGAAGUGCGUUUGCUAAAGGAGGAGCUGACCGAGGAGUAUGAAGCAGACAAACAGGCGGCCAUGACUCAGCUCUCCCAGCAAAAAGAGCUGGAGAUGAUGGCAGCGAGGGAGGGCUGGCAGAGGAAGGUCGAAGACCUGCUGGAGCAGAUCUCUCUGCUGAAACAGUCCCUGGAGCUGCAGCUGUCGCAGUCUCAGUCAGCUCUCCAACAGCUGCAGUCUCAGUUCAACCAGGAGAGGGAGCUCCUGAGCCAACAGCUCAAAGAGAUGCAGAGAGAACAUCAGAGGAGAGAGCAUCGAUUACAGGAGGCUCACUGCUGUGCCCUCAGCACCAUGGAGGAAGCCAGGCAGCAUCAGAUAAGAGCCCUCGAGGAACGUCUAAAGCAGGAGCAGCGGGAGGAGGUUCACGCUUUGAAGGAGGCCCACAGGAGGACUUUAGAAAUCCUCAGACAGCAGUCGGACCAGGAGCUGCAGACACUGCGAUUUGAAUUGGAGGACGAGGGGAAAGCAAAGCUGGCCUCUCUUCGUGCAGAACUGAACCACCUCCACGCGACAGCCAUCGAGCAUCUGAAGCAAAUCCACCUCAAAGAACACGCUGCCAUCAAACGAGAGCUGGAGAAAGCCAUGGAGCACAGCCAAAAGCAGGAACAAGAUCUCUUAAUUCGUAUCUCAGACCUGCAAGCGGAGCUGUGUUCCCGUAGCAACCGUAUCACCGAUCUGGACCAUGAGAUUCACUCUCUGAACGAGACCAUCGACACGCUAACCAGAGAGCUGGAGCUGAAGGGCAAAGAGGUGCUGCGGGUCCGCAGCGAAGCUAACCAUCAGAUAAGAGCUCAUGAACAAGACCUUGCAAAGAGACACGAGCGAGAGAUGGGGGAGCUCAAUGCAAUCCAUCAGAGAGAAACACAAAUCAUGCUGGCUGACUUCAACAAGGCCCAGGAGGUCCUCAAAGACAAGAUUUCUGCUCUACAAAUACUGUUGGAGGGCACAGAGGAGAAGUUAAGAAACAGAGAAAGCCGACCAGAAGACCUGCAUGUGAUCGCAGAGCUCAGAGAGAUGGUGACUGAAAGGGAAGCUCUGGUCAAAAAGCUGGUGGAUGACAAGAAGUUCUACCAGCUGGAGUUGGUCAACCGAGAGACGGGAUUCAACAAGGUCUUUAACUCCAGUGCCAAUGUCGGUGUCAUCAACCCUCUUAUUAAGUCAAAAACAGGCAGCCAAUCAGAUCACCGCUUCACCAGCUUUCCUAGCCAUUCAGCUCUCCGAUUCGUCAGCCCUCCCACCAUGACUCAUGAAGGACAGGAAGAGGAGGGACGGGAGGUGGAGGAGGUAGGAUCAGGAGGCCCUUUUGCGCCUCCUAACUCCCCCCUCCAGAGAUCCCUCCCCCGACUUAGGAAACCCCUUCCCCCAUUCAGCCCUUAUCCUCCCGCUCCUCUUCCUCAGCAUCCUCCUCCUCCUCCUCCUCCUUCUUCUCCUCAUCCUCCACAUCAUCCCAUGCCAAGCCUUGCUCUUCCUCAUGCUCCUCAUCCUCAGGAAUCUGUGGUGCAGCAUCAGGGCCUGCAGAGCUUCGGGAGCCUUCCUGAAGCCAACUCUGCGACACCAUCGGACCCUGCGCGGAUGAAUCCAGGAAAAAGCAAAGAAUACGUCACAAAAGAAGAGGAGCUGUACGCCCAAUACUUCACUUUCUGACUCGCUAAAUCCCAACUGUGUCAAAAAAAGGAAGUAAUGGGACAGAGAGCUAAAGUUGGACAGCGAUCAAACUGCAGGUUUUCACAGUCAUUUGGGCGACAUGAAUAUGAGACGUCCUCUCCUCAUUGCAGCACUCCCAUCUGUCGUGUGCAUUGCUGAGUGAAUUUAACCUUAGGGCUUCCAUACGUGGUGAGCACGAUGAGCAGUGUGGCUUAUCAGUGCUUCAUCAUGAAAGUGUGCAUGGCAGAAAGAGGUGACAUAAAACAUCAGUAUACAGCGAUUUGUCUUUUACAUUUAUGCCAUCUGUUAUUCUGCAAAAGAGGCCAUUUGCAUGAGCUCUCAUGCAACGAAUUACAAGUUAGAAAGAAUUAAUGUCCUCUGAAUUUAAAUUUAAUAAUUUAUAUUACACUGAAGUUUAAAUGCGUGGCAUGCUCUGCAGAGAUUUCCCAAAGGGAGUAGCAUGUUUAUUGAUGGUGAAGCUGGUGCUUUUAAUGAUUCCAUCUCAUUCUUUUAAGAUUUACCGGUUGCCAAGCGAUGUGAAAAUGCAUCCUGUUGCAUUUAAAAUCUACAAAUCAACAUGAAGACUCUGAUUAAUAAUGAGAGUAACUCUACACGGUGCUUUUUGAACACCGUUCUUAGGGCUGCAGUUAAUUAAAUUUUAAUCUUGAUCACAAUUUUGGCUCCUAACAGCUAAAAUGUAUCCUCUGCAAAUCAAGCGCUCACUGAAUCACUGCCUACAUGUGCCAAUCACAGCUUCCUGCAUUUUUCCUGGAUGUAUCCUGGACGAGUAACAACAAAACAUGAACUACACAGACCAGAUGUCAAUAUAAAAUUCAAAUGUCCAGCAUGCUUUAAGCGGAUCAUCGUUAUCAUUAUUUGGAAACACUUCAGAUUUUUGGUUUUAAUUGCUACAAAGCGACACAGCUAGCUAACACUAGUGUACAGAAUGCAGUAGUUUGUCAGGACCCUACAGAUGAAUCAUUAAAUCAUUAAAUCCUUAAUGCAAAUCCAGAGCACAUUUUAAUGACCACUAAAUCACUGUGACUUUUACUUGCAACAAUAUAUUAAAACUAGAGAUGGACCGAUCCGAUAUUACGUAUUGUAUCGGUCCGAUACUGACCUA